AUGGACGUCCGUCACGUCCCCGAGCAAUCGCCGCCCACCGGUUCCUCCGCCGACUCCGGGUCCUACCGGGACUGGGCCGAGUUGACUCACGACUGCCUGACCAACGUCCUCUCUCGCCUCACCAUGGAGCAGCUGUGGACGGGGCCCAUGCUCGUCUGCAAGCCGUGGCUUCGCGCUUGCAAGGACCCCUGUCUCCACUCCACCUUCGAUCUCGAGACCCGCUUCGAGUCGUCCCCCAUGCCGAUCCGCUGGUGGUCGCCGGAGUUCCAGCGGAGGGUCGAUGCCAUGCUCCGGUCGGUCGUCGGCUGGAGCGGCGGAGGUCUCACCGUGAUCCGUACUCGCCAUUGCUCCGAUCGCGCCCUCAACUUGGUCGCCGAAAGGUGCCCGAGUCUCCAGGUUCUUUCGAUCAAGAGCUGCCCAAAAGUCACCGAUGAAUCGAUGGCCAGGAUAGCGUCCCAUUGCACCAACCUCAGGGAACUCGAUAUUAGCUAUUGCGACGAGGUGUCUCAUGAAUCUUUAGUUCUGAUUGGGAGAAACUGCCCAAAUCUUAAAGUUUUGAAGAGAAACAUGAUGGAAUGGUUAGAUCCUUCCGAAGAUGUGACUUGCCCAGAAGAUUGUGAUUCAGAAGCGGCGGCUAUAGGGAAGUUCAUGCCUCGCCUGGAGCACCUUGAGAUACGGUUUUCCAUGUUAACGGCGAAAGGUCUUACCUCCAUUUGUGACGGUUGUCUCGACCUCAUGCACUUGGACCUGUUGGGGUGUGCAUACUUGACAAGACGCGAUAUUGUGGAUGCGACAUCCAAGUUGAAGAAUCUGAAGGACAAAGUUCAGCCAAAUUUCUAUAUCCCCCGGUCGGUUUUCCGUGCAGAAAUGUAUGAGCGACUCGAGACGGAUGUUCUCCGAAUCUGGUCUGGCAAAGCCGGAAGCAGUUGUUGA